AUGACUGUCCUGGGCGACAUACUGACCGAAGUCACCUUCACUCGCGUCUUGCUCUUCGGCUCUCUCUUCUUGCUCGUAUCGUUCAUUGUCGAUCUGCUCACUCAACCUCGUUAUCCCUCUGAAAUUCCCGUUCUUGGUCACAGUUCAGAGAAAUGGUUCUCUAGAAUCAGGAAUAGUCUCGCCUACUUCACUCAACACCAGGCCUGGAUUGGCGAAGGCUACGAAAAGUAUGGCAAAAAUGGCCUUCCAUUCAUUGCUCCAGCGCCCAUAUCGCGACCUCCAGACGUCAUCCUUCCCCGUUCGCAAAUCGCCUGGAUGAUGGACCAGCCCGAUCGAAUCCUCUCAGCAUCCCACGCCCACGACAAGAUCCUCUACACAGAGUAUAACUUCCUCGGAAAAGAUCUCGCCGCGGAGCCCUUUGCGAAUCGCGUCAUGCACAAGUAUCUCGCCCGUAACUUGUCAUCAGCGAUACCAGCGGUCGAAGACGAAGUCAACGGUGCUGUUGAGCAUGCACUAGAGACCAUGAUGAAAGCAGCUGCUGAGAAAGACCCCAAAAAUGUCGACAGUGAAGGCUAUACGAAGGUCAAUCUCUGGGAUCUGUGGCUUGCGAUCGUCCCGCGCGUUACAAACCGUCUUCUCGUUGGCAGCCCAGCAUGUCAAAAUCCUGACAUCUUGAAGCCGAUGGUGAGCUUCACUGACAACGUUGUAAUGAACAGCUUCUUGCUACAUGGCUUCCCUCAAGUUCUCCACCCGAUUAUUGGCCGUUUGAUCACCAUUCCAAACUAUCUCCAUUGGCGCAAGGCGUCUCGUGUCUUACUGCCAAUCAUUGAACAGCGCUUGAAAGAUAUGCAGCGUCAGGAGGCUGGCGACCCUGAGAUGAAGAACUACACGCCCCCAGAGGACUUUAUAACUUGGGAUAUUCGUCUUGCGAUGGCGGAGAAGAAGCCCUUUGAGCUCAAUCCCAUCGUAAUUUCUAAGCGGCUCUUACCAAUCAACUUUGCUGCUAUCCACACAACCGUCUUGACAGGCCAAUCUUGGAUGCUGGAUUUUCUGUCGUCUCCACCAUCUGUUCUUGAAACACUACGCAACGAGAUCCUCGAACACAAGCCUUCUGAAGGCCACUGGACGAAACAGGCUCUUUCUUCUCUCGUACGCGUCGACUCAUCCAUCCGCGAAUCUCAGCGUGUAAGUAACUUUGCCGCCAACCUCAUCGAGCGACAAGUUAUUGCACCAGAGGGUCUGCAUCACCCUGACUACGGAUGGACUUUGCCGCGCGGGGCAUUCGUAACGGUCAACUUGCAGGGAACGCACCACGAUGAUGAGAUCUAUGAGGACGCCAUGAGCUAUGAUCCCUGGCGAUACUCACGAGUCCGUGAAGAAUGGGAGGCGAAGUCAGCUGAGGAGAAGCAAGAGAGGGAGGACGAGGCUAAGAAGAUCAGAGGAUUGGGAAUGGUGACAACUAGUGAUGCUCACUUGGCUUUUGGUCACGGCCGACAUGCCUGUCCUGGCAGGUUCUUUGUUGCACAUGAGCUCAAACUCAUCAUGGCUGCUUUCCUUCUCAACUACGACAUUAAGACACUCGAGAAACGACCAAAGCCCCAAUGGAUGGGCGCCACUAUCAUUCCUCCCUUGGACGCAUGCAUCGAAAUUCGACGAAAGAAAUCAACAUGA